CCCGCUAAGGUGAAAUGCAGAAAUGAAAAGGACGCAUCCAUUUGAGUAUUCUCACAUACGAUUACAUGCAUUAUCGUGUUUUCCAUGCUACUGACUUUUUUUUUAAUGUUUAAAAAUUGUUAAGCGUUAAACAGCUUAGGAUUUGCAAACUCAGUGUUCCUGAUUGAAGAUCCCAAGUAGAGAUUUUAUUACAGCAUAAAUACCUCAGAGGAGCCCUCGACCUAGUUCCAUACAGAGUUCUUUCAUCAGCUGUGACCUGAAGUUUCAGCUCCUAGGAUGGCAGACAAGCUUCCCACAGAGUUUGAUGUAGUUAUUAUAGGGACAGGUUUGCCUGAGUCCAUCCUGGCAGCUGCGUGUUCCAGAAGUGGACAGCGAGUUCUGCAUGUUGACUCCAGAAGUUACUAUGGAGGGAAUUGGGCAAGUUUCAGCUUUACAGGCUUGCUGUCCUGGCUGAAGGACUAUGAACAGAACCAUGACAGCGAGGAAGACAUGACUGCCUCGUGGCAAGACCUGAUCCAUGAAACGGAAGACGCCAUCGCUCUUUGCAAGAAAGAUGAGACUAUUGAGAACACAGAAGUCUUCUGUUACGCCAGUCAAGAUGAUGGGGACAGCACUCAAGAGAACAAUGCUCUGCAGAGAAGUCCUUCCCCAAAGGCAUCUGCUACCCUGGCUGACUCUCUGGAUUCUGCAGGUUUGCCCAAAGAAGGGUACACAGUAUACUUUUCAAGCCACGAAGCACCUUCUAGACACACAGAGAGAAGUGAUACGGAGCCGUCACCAUCCUUAACUGAUGCAGAGAACUCACUGGAUCAAGAAAAGGAUGGUGGCAUCCAGACAGUUUCAGAUGGAGAUAAAGAUGAAGACAAACCUGAUAUAGAAGACAACAGCAAACAACCAAAGAGAAACAGGAUUACUUACCCUCAAAUGAUUAAGGAGAGCCGGAGAUUUAAUAUUGACUUGGUAUCGAAGCUGCUGUAUUCUCAAGGAUCAUUGAUUGAUCUUCUCAUCAAAUCAAACGUUAGUCGUUACGCAGAAUUUAAGAAUGUCACUAGGAUCCUUGCGUUUCGGGACGGGAAGGUAGAGCAGGUGCCUUGCUGCAGAGCAGAUGUCUUUAGUAGUAAAGCGCUCACCGUGGUUGAGAAGAGAAUGCUAAUGAAAUUCCUCACAUUCUGUUUAGACUAUGAACAGCAUUCUGAUGAAUACCAAGACUUCAAACAAUGCCCAUUUUCUGAGUACCUAAAAACUAAAAAGUUAACGCCCAACCUCCAACAUUUCAUACUACACUCAAUUGCAAUGACAUCAGAACCAUCCUGCACUACGUUAGAUGGUCUUAAAGCAACAAAAACCUUUCUUCAGUGUCUUGGACGGUUUGGCAACACUCCCUUUAUAUUUCCUUUAUAUGGCCAAGGAGAAAUCCCCCAGUGUUUCUGCAGGAUGUGUGCAGUGUUUGGUGGAAUCUAUUGUCUUCGCCAUAAAGUCCAAUGCCUUGUAGUUGAUAAAGACUCUGGAAGAUGUAAAGGGGUCAUUGACCACUUUGGUCAGAGAAUAAGUGCCAACUACUUUAUUGUGGAGGACAGUUACCUUUCUAAGGAAACCUGUUCAAAUGUGCAAUAUAAGCAGAUCUCGAGGGCUGUGCUUAUCACAGAUCAGUCCAUCCUAAAGACAGAUUCAGACCAUCAAAUUUCCAUUCUGGUAGUGCCUCCACUAGAGCCUGGAAGCAGCUCAAUUCGGGUCAUGGAGUUAUGCUCAUCAACCAUGACGUGCAUGAAGGACAGCUAUCUGGUCCACCUGACCUGUGUUUCUUCAAAAACAGCCCGAGAAGACUUGGAACCAGUAGUUAAGCAGUUAUUCAUUCCUUUUGCAGAAGCAGAAACAGAUGAGGAAGAACUCAGAAAACCAAGACUCUUGUGGGCCCUUUAUUUUAAUAUGAGAGAUUCCUCAGGAGUGAGCCGAAGCUCAUACCAUGGUUUACCUUCCAAUGUGUACAUCUGCUCUGGGCCUGACUGUGGACUGGGGAAUGAGCAUGCCGUUAAGCAAGCGGAAACACUGUUCCAGGAGAUCUUUCCCAGUGAAGAGUUCUGCCCUCCUCCACCAAAUCCAGAAGACAUUAUCUUUGAAGGUGAGGGUUAGCAAGCAGACAUCCUGGAGUCAGUAACACACUUACCAUCCAGCUAGACACCCCAAGGACACAGCAAGGACUUGUAAAGCACAGAACACCUUCGAAAUUAAAACUGACUGGAAGUAUUUUCAUCCUGGUCUCACAAUAUUGUCACUGAAAGACAGCUGCCAUUUGUGAUAAGCGCUGUUCACAUGUCUUCAACACCAAGACACUGGGUACCCUAAUAGCUCUGCUAAUCUGUCAGCAUCUGGUUUGUGGUGACUCACCUUUUUCAGAAUUGGCUACAGGAAUCCAGAAUCUCUGAAUGUCAUUAGCUUUAUUUUACUUUUGGGUUUCACAUUAGCGACAUUGCUUAACUUAAGGUAGCAUCGUCUUCUGUGUUCUGUGUUCAGGUUUUAUCAUUAUCUACACAAAAAUUAAUAUCCACAGAGUGCUACUACUGUUGCUACCACCUCGGGUGCACAGAGGAACACAUAAUCAUAAACGGAGUGAGUUUUUUGUAUAUUAUGUAAACACACAGGGCUGGUAGUAGGAGUAGCAGCUAAUACAAGUAUGGUAAAAAAGCAAGUGUUAGAAGCUUGGCCAUGCAUGAGCCUGUGGCUUGGGGCUGCUAUUUACAUGUGAUUUCACCUGCUUUAACCUUUGUCACUGAGGAGGCAGUGAGACUACGCUAGCCUGCUACUUUACAAAAAAAAGUGCCCCUUAGUCGUUUGAAGAACCUCUUAUUUACGAGAUGUAUUGCAAUCUGGGUAUGGUUGCUUAUUCAUGUAAUGCUAACAUUCAGGAGGUUGAGACAGGAGGAUUGCUGUAAAAUCCAGGCCAGUCUGGGCUACUGUGUCGAAACUCAUUUCAAAACAAAACCAACCCCACUACCUACCAAAAAAAGAAGUAUAUUGUAAAGAAAAUUAAAGGGACAAAUUUAUUCAGAAAAUUUCUAUAGAGCUGACUAAUACUUAAAAGAACUAACAAUUAACUCAGGCUAACAUAAAUUAAUAAGUGACCCUAGAAAAAGGUAUUUUAGGAUAAGUGUUUAGAAAUUUCCAGAAAGGAAUCCCAAGGAAAGAAUAGUGGUGCAUCUUGAUGUGGGAAUUAUAGAUGCCUUUAAGUUACAGAUUUCCCCAUUCCGGCUUCUCAGAGUGAAACAGGACACCUGAUUAGCUUUAAGGAACACUGUAACUGACAGAGUGCAUCACUUCCGCUACACGUAGAAUGGGAAGCUUUGGCUACAGAGCCACCUGACCACCUGCAGUGUCCCCGCAGUAAAAGCCCUCUACUGUGAGAAGAGGCACAGUGUGUCAGCAGAUUACAGUGUGGUCUGAAUAUCCGCUAGUAUAUGCCCUUCAGUGAGAGAAAUGAGGUAAGACAUUUCAAUGAAUGCCAGUGUGCUGAGAAUAGAAAGCCAUCCAUUGGUCCCGGUGUUUUUUAAUAUAAUAAUCCAUAAUAUUGUAUAGAUCUUAAGGAUUAAAUAUAGCAGAACAACUAAGAUAACCUUAAAUGACCUAGAAGUAGCAAUUAAGAGAAUUUAAGUUCAUAAAUUUGAGAGAAUUAAAUUCAUAAAGUUUGUCAGACCACAGUCUUUUCAAAAGAUAUUAAAAAGAGGCAUAGUUGUAAGAGAUAAACAGGGCUGAAUGUAAUAGAAAUGAGGAUUAGACGAGGUCAAAGCAGGGGUUUGUUGUUUUUUGUUUUCUAAACAUUAAGUGGAAGUGCAGCAAGUGAGCAAAACUUAUUUUUAAAAAAUAUAAGGGAUGUUAUCUAAUUUUCUAAUGAGUUAGAAUGGGUUUCUUGGUAGUUUUCAGUUGUUUAAGAAGGAAGAUCAUAAAUGCUACCUUCCAUUAAUUAUAUGUGACUCAGUUAGGGCUCCAUACUAACAGUCUAACCAAAUUUCUCAUUCUGGCCAGGUGAAACUGUAGAGUAAAAUGUUGGCCAAGGAGGUAACAGCUAUCAGAAACAGUGUCUCAGGAUGAGAAGGCUUGUGUCCAGUAGAGCAUCCCUGCAUCAACAUGAACAGAACAAGAGAUAAGAACCCAUAAUAUUAACUGCACUAACUAGGUGCCUCCAUUUGGUUUAAUUAUGUUUGCUAAUGAAUUUGUGGGCUUUUCAUAAUAUGAUAAGCAACUACUUAAAACUUGUAUUUAUAUUGGGAAAGUCAGUAAUCACCAUUUCUCAAGCAGAAAUGAACAGCUUUGGUACUAUUUUUAUCUGUGUAUGUCUGAAAAAAAUUGUCACUGGAACAAAAAAUACAAAGUAAAGAUGUAAAAAGAAACCAGUGCACAUAUAUUCUAUUUCCAUGGCUUUAUACCUCACUAAACCUCUAUUACCAUAUAAAUACAAUAUGAACAGAAGAUAAUCUCACAAGUUGCAAAAUGCAUAGUUUUGUUUUGUUUUGUUUAUUUUUGAAAUCUCAUUUCUAAAUUCCAAUUGGGAUGGAAUUUUCAAAAGCAUUGAUAUUAAUAUAGAUGAGCAUCUUUAAAAUGUUGUAGCUGUAUUAGAGUAAUUUAAGAAAGAUAAAUAGAAGGUUUAAUGAAGGAGCUAAAUUUAAAAUAUGAGUAUGCUACCAUGAGAGAUGUUUGCCUUGAAGAAAAUGCUGUAAACACAGGGAGACCACACGUCAUUUAUUAUCAGUUGUCUGAUCUCAAGGCAGUCACUUUCAGCUUCCAUAUACCAUCUAUCAAAUAGAAAUAAUACUUAACAGAAUUACUGUGAAGAUUAUGUUGGAUAAUGCAUAAGAACCCAUAUCUAAAGUAAUGCCAGCAUGUGAUAUUUGUAACUGAUAUUUAUUACGAUAUCAUUUGUGACGCCAACCUUAUGCUUUAUGAAUUUGUGAGAAUUGUGAUAAAUUACGCAUGCAGGAAAGUAACCAAGGAAAGAUGUCUUCAGUUUUAGAGGGGAAAAUGUGGGGUUUUGCCCUUCGAAUCCUUAAGGUGUGAUACACAGACACUGAAAUUGUUCUGUGGUGCUGAGUUAAGACUUAUCAGCUACCUGGAAAACAGUAUUUAGAAGCUGUUCAUAGGAAGACUAGAUCAGUAUGGAGAUAUAUUCUAGGCCACUUUGCAUCCAAUAAUGCAGUUUAUUUGGUAAUUGAAAUAUUAAACAUGAAAGUAAUAAGAAUACAUUUUUUACCUCAGUAAUGAUGCCAAGGAAUGUUCUGGCAGGUGAACAUUGACAAGAUAGACCAAUUAAAACUUAAAAAAAAAAAAAUAAGUACAUAACAAGGAGAGAAGGUAGAAUAAAAAAGCUGUUUUUAUUGCAUGGGUGUUUUUUAUUAUUUUAAUUUUUCAAGACAGGGCUUUUCUAUGUAGCCCCAGCUGUUCUGGAACUUGCUCUGUAGACCAGGCUAGCCCCGAAUUCCUCAGUGCUGGGAUUAAAGGCAUGCACUACCACUGUCAGCUUGUAUUUUGUUUUUGUUUAUUUUGAAUUGUUUUAGUGGGUGCAGAUUCUUUAGGCUUUCUACUCUUCUUGUGCAGAGCAUAAAGUGAUAGGUUGCAAUUGGAAAAAAAAGAAGUAAAAAUAAACUCUUUGAUCCUCAAAUUAAUUUGCAUUAAAAUAGAUAUUAAAGUAGCUUUGACUGAGUGCCUUCUAGUUAGUGGAUUUUUCAGUCUGCAUGAGCCUUCAUACAGCAGCGUCAUGUAUUCAUGGUCAUUUUGAAGAACUAGUCGAGAUUAACCAGACCUCUAUAACUGAUAUUUUUGACAUCACUUUGAGUGGCACAUGCCCAGGAAAAAACUCAGAAUGAACAAAUUAAUAAAUAAAGCAACUUCUAAAAAGUAAGUUUUUUUUUUUUUUUUUUUAACCUUCUGACUAAGAAAUGGAUAAAUUUUGGUGUGCUGCUAGUGCUAUAGUAACCUUACAGAGAGUUAGAUGGCAUAUGUAAGAUUGUAUGUAAACAGUUUGACAAUCAAAAAGAUGUUAGUUUACAACCAAAAUUAUUGCGUGCUGGUUACAUUUGUAUAAAAAUUCAGAUCCCUACACUGGAAGGAAUCAGAAGGCAUGUAAUCGCAGGUUAAUACUUAAUAUAUUUCUGUAAAAUAUUGAUGUGUACAAUAAAAAUAAAAGAUUAACUGGUGAAA